CCUAACUUCCGGCCGCUCUCUCUCGCGCUCUCUCCCUCACCCUCGCUAUCAAUCUCGCCCUCGUGCACCCGUUAAACCGGUCCAGUGGCAGCAGUGUGUGAACCAUGUAAACACUCCCGUCGGGAUUUCGACACCGUUUUAGGAGGCACUCGUGUGUGCACGGUGUUUUUUUUUGCUCUGCGGUUCCGCCCGGUGUACGGUGCGGACGGACUCACUCGCAUCUGAAGAGUUUUAUUGGAUUGACCGACAGCGGACUGGUGGUGUUACCCCCAGCACAGGACAAAGAAAGCGGGGGGAAAUUAAGCAGAGAAGAGGGUUGAAGAGAGGAAUGAAAAUGGAUAACUGUGUCCUCACACUCGUCGUUGGUCUGCUAACGCUCGGCGGGUGCUCGGCCCGGGUGGUGACGGUGUCUCCCGGUCCGUUAAUCCGGGUGGAGGGUCAGCCGGUCUCCAUCCGGUGUGAUGUCAGUGAGUACAGCGGACCUCGUGAGCAGGAUUUUGAGUGGUUGAUGUCCAAGGAGGCGGACGGUUUGGCAAGGACGAAGAUCAUCUCCACCUUCGACAACCGCUACUCCCACCCGUCGCUCACGAAGCGCGUGGCGUCCGGCGACAUCGCGGUGGAGCGUCUGCGGGACAACGAGGUGGAGCUGAAGAUAGCGGAGGUGAAGUCGCUGGACGCCGGCUUCUACUGGUGUACAACGCCGAGCACCGACUCCGUCAUCAGUGGCAACUAUGAGGCCCCGGUCGAACUCACCGUCAUCCCCAACACCCUCAGGGUCUCCCCCUUGACCCUGCCCCCAGUGGUCCCAGAAGGAAGUGACCUCACGCUCUCCUGCAACGUCACCCGGCAGCUCACCCGCCCCACCUACCUGUCCGUCACCUGGUCGGUGAAGAAGGGGGCGACGUCGGAGGAGAUCUUGGCCUUCGGCCCUCAGGGCGACGUGGUGACGGGGGCGAAGUACGCCCGGCGCUACACCGACGGAGGCAUCCGUUUGGUUCCCGGGAGGAACGGGCUGUUCGCGUUGGUGAUCACCAAAGUGACAACCUCUGACGAAGGGAUUUACGAAUGCAACGGCACGGAAUGGACGCACGAGGACGGAGGGAAGUGGGUACAGAUCGUGACGAGCAAGAGAGAGAUGGGAACUGUUGCUGUUACUCCGACAGGUCAGUCCCUCAGUGUGAAGGCUUCAUCCUCCUCUCCGUCCUCCACGCCUCUGCUCCUCUCCCCCAGCGAGACGCUGACCCUCCUCUGCUCCGUCGCGGCCGACAACCUGCCCGCCCUCGCCCUGGAGGUGGCCUGGCUGGCCGACGGCCGCGACGUCGUCACCAUGGAGCGCAGCGGGGUGGUGAUCUACAACGUGUCCUCGAGUGGCGUGCACGGGAAGAGAGCGGAGGCCAGCCUGGAGCGGACGGACGCCAGAGAGUACCGGCUGGGGGUGAGGGGGGUGAGCGGGGAGGACGCGGGGGCGUACACCUGCCGCGUCCGAGCCUUCAUCGAGAAGGGAGGAAGGAGCUCGGGAGGAGGCGGGAGGUGGCACAUGGCGGCUGAGAAAACAUCCAACCCGGUGACGGUGAAGGUGGCGCAGACCAAACCAAACUUCACGGUGGCCCUGGAAGCCGUCCUCAACCCCCAGAUGACGGCCGAACCCACAGAACUGGCGUGUCACGUGACCAACAUUACCCAUCUACCCCUGGGAGGCCGACUAGGUGUCACCUGGGAGCACACCACACAUCCUGGUACAGGCAGUGAUCCUCAGACCUCGCAUCCCAUCGGCUCCCUGGACGGCCACGGCAACCUUCUGCCGGGAGCGAUGUACUCUGACCGGCUGAGGAGCGGCGUGAUCACUCUGACCAGAGUCCAGCCUGACACAUUCAAGCUACUGUUCCUCCGCACUCAGGAGAUCGACAUGGGCCAGUAUGUGUGCAGUGUGUCAGCCUGGAGCGUUAACAGCCAGGGCGACAUGGUGAACACCGCCGAGUACCAGAGCUCGCAGCUGGCUGUGCGGUGGGAUACCAAACGUCCCACUCUGAACGUCGUGGCCAAGCGUGUCCGUGAAGCCUCAGUGGGCGGGGCUACCUUUGAGAUGAGCUGCACCGUGGCCACUGGGAACCUCGGGGAGGCGGGCUACUCGGUGCUCAUCCAAUCACAGGACAGCCUGGAGGGCAGCGUGAGAACCAUCAUGACCCUCAGCCCCGACAACGUACUGCAGCACGGAGGAGCCACAGACCCCAACAGGAGAGACGGCCUGGUUCUGACGAAGUCUGGCCCGGUAGAGUUUCGGUUUCGCCUGGCGGGCGUCCAGCUGUCCGACCGAGGUUUCUACUGGUGUGACAUCACCGCGUGGACCAAACAGCAGGCGAGGCAAGCUUGGACCAAAGCCACCAACGCAGAGUCCAACAAAGUCAAGAUCGACUUUCAGGAAAAUGGCCCGUCCUUCGCCGUCGCCCUCCGAUCGGACACCACCGUCGUCUAUCCGUGGGAGACGGCCAAGAUGGAGUGUUCGCUCAGCGUCUCUGGAUCGUCCCCGAAGACUGGCGCACACACAGACGACCUGGCGUACGAGGUGCGUUGGUUUUUCACCAGGCUGCGCGGCGGAGAGACGACGAUCCAGCUGGCCAGCGUCGACCGCUUCGGUGUUGUGAGGAAAGACGCUCGCAACUCGUCCAGCGACGUUUCGGUGGAGCGCAAAGACACGCACACCUACACGUUGAACAUCCACGGCACUCAGGACAGUGACAGUGGGGAGUAUCACUGCGUCGCCACGCCCUGGUACCUGUCGGCCUCCACGGGAGCCUGGACUCAAGCCGGAGAGCUGACGUCAUCUCGAGUCUUCCUUACAGUCCGGUUCGCCGUGUGGGAGUCCCUGAAGCUGCCUCUCUUAUAUGGAGUCGCAGCCUCAAUAGGUGUGGGCCUCUUCUCUCUGGUCCUGGGUCUGGUUUGCGCCCAGUGCUGCUGCCGCAACACCACCCACACUCCGCGCUCGCGCAACAAACUGAUGGACCUGGAGAUGGACUGACAAACACUUUCCCCCGCACCCACCCACUGCAGCGCUCACAGGAAACACCAGGCACACGGCAGACACACGCCCAUAGACGAUUUCUGGGACACCCAGUUGUUUCCGUGCGACGGAUGUUGGGAAUAAAAAAAAAAAACGCAGGGUUUCCUCAGCUCUGCAGUGGAGGAGCAGGGGAUUUUUUUACAAGCACCAAUGGGACUUCAAUUUCUAUGAAGAUCCAUUGAAAUAAUAACUAAAACCAUAGCACUACAGGACACUCCGAGGAGUUUAAUUUUUGAGGAACAGGAGGCUUCUGAGACAUCACUGCCGCUUGGGAAUAAAGGACCACUAAACAGAUCUGCUGCCUCUGUAACCACUAGGGAUAACACAUGGAUGGACUACUUUUUGUUUUCUUCCGAUGCCAAGCGCUUCCUGCAAAGAACAACCAGAUGAAGGGCACACCAGCGUAACCCCGCUGAGUUUCCGUUGUUUCAGGAAGCACGGAAAAUUCAAAGGGGGUUUGGGUUCGGGGUUGGAGAGGCGUGCAUCUGCACCGCCAACGUCUCCCCGUUGAAUCAGCAGCCUGAGCCUUAUCUCUGUCGUGGAGUGAACGCCGCGUUCAUACGGGCCGCUGAAGUCCCAGAAAACGAAAAGUGGUAUCGCACGACCACCCCAGAGUAUACCCUCCUUUACCUAAAGGACCAGAUUUAUUCUCAGCUCUAGUUUUUUGCAAAUUAAGAGAUUUUAAAAUGACAUUUCUAAGCUUUACAAGGAGAUAUGCAGUCAGUGUGUUUGUGUGUGAGAUAUACUCUACGUGGUGCCAAUGUUUGAACUAACCGAGGUGUGCUUGGUUGGUAUCGCCAGAUCAACACUUGAACAGCCACUCAAAGUGGUGACAGCAAGCACUCUUCUUUUCUAGAUAUUCAGAAAUGUAUCCUGCUGUUGUUUUACCAGAGUCUCGUGUGUGUGUGUGUGUGUGUGUGAGUGAUGUGCUGCAGUAUGUGAGACAAAGAGUUGCAUGUACUGUUUUAUGAUGACAUCAUGAGCAACACGAGCCUUUUUCCCGGGUCACGUUUUUCUGACAUUAAUAUCCCGAUUUUUAAACCUGUGAGCGACAUGACUUCCACGUUUUAACAGGAAAAUCAUGCAUGUUUCUCAGUUUUUAAACGUUGUGGCAAAUGGGUUUAUGUGCCAAGAUGAGACGAUCUGUAUCAAUAACAAGUCUGUGCAUAAAAGUAUGAAGCUCCAGUCAGGAUGUGGUUAGCCUAGCUUAGCAUAACGACUGGAAGUGGGGGGGAAACAGCUAGCCUAGCUCUGUUAAAAGUGAAUAAGAACUCUCCUCUUCCAGUCUUUAUGCUAAGCUAAGCUAACCAUGUUCUGACUAGACGCACAGACAUGAGAUUGAUCUUCUUAUCUAACUCUAAAACAGGAAGUAAAUAAGCUUAUUUACCAAAACGUUGAACUGUUCUUUUAAACAUGACUUCGAUGAGUUUUUUUUUUUGGUAAAUCCUUCUGUUGUCACUUUUUGGUUUCGCGAGGCUCUCGCUGGCAAACAAGCAGUUCUCAAGAAAUGUCAGACUGUUCCUCAAACUAGCUAGAAACGUAACCAGAAAGCGAUCCAACACGCAAGAAGUUUGGUCUCGACUCACAGCUGUAGAACAAAAACAUCACCAGCUGAUUUGUGAAAGAAGCUUUUUGCACCAGACACGUUCCCGCAGACAUCUUUUUGAGUUUCUGUGGUGUUUCUACAGCAAAUGGAUGAAUCGUUGUGUCACGUUGGCUGCUGUGUGAACGCCACUCUCGCAGUUCCACCAACAAGUUUCUGUCCAAACCCAGUGGGAUCCACACAGACCUGUUUGUGAGACGAUGUGCCAGGCUGCGUUUCCUCCUUCCCCUGACUGGGCAAGAAGAGGCCUUUUUGUUUUGCGUUUUUUUUUUUUUAAAUAGUUUUUAGGCAUUUUAAGCAGCGAUCCGAACUUCAUGAGCAAUAUCGGGCUGUAGUCAGGUCACAGCGCGCGUGAAGCUGCACUCGGGACAUAAAACGGGUGUUUUCUGAUCGGAUGUUACAAACGAACGAUGUCUCCUCCUUAGAACUUUAACUUAUUAUCCAAUCAGAACACAAGGCCCGAAUCCAUCAACAUCUCUGACUGAUGUUUAUGUAACACCAUCGGCUAACACGUGGCCGUCCUGCUAUAACUAAAGCAAAAGCCACUCAUAGAAAUAUCGUUGUGUGUGUUUCGACUUGAUUGAUGGUGACGGUUGCUUCAGAAACUUCCAAUACGUCUCCAUAAAACCCACUCCACAGUAUUCCAGAUGGGUUUCGGCACCAUCAUGAACACACGUUCACCGUGCAGGAGUGAACGACAGGGCUCCGUACCAAAUGCUCUUAACAGGAAACGACACACGCGUAGCAUCGAUACCACUGAACAUGCCACUGCAAGCUUCCUCCAGUGUCCUUUUCAUUUUGGCAUUUUGUCGCAACCAGUAUGAUGAAUCAUGUUGUUGGUUUUUUUUUUAAUAAAUAGAUUUGUAAGAUG